ACACCAAGAACCAUCAAUUGGGAGCAGCGGGGGAAGGGAGGCAGGGUGGCGGAAGACAUGACAUUGGAUGCUUGAGAAGGUGAGAUUUAAUUCUCAGACAACAUUUCACUCAUGAAAUGGAUGGAAGCCAGUGCCAGCCCUGAGCUCCUGAUGUCAGUGUCGUGGUGCCAGCAUAGCUAACAUAAGCUUCCAAGUAAAACAAAGAAACCCUGCGUCUCAGCACGACAGGACUGCUCUUGCAGCAUGAACAUCUAUAAUAUUUGGUGUUCCUAAUAAUGGUUUCUUGCUUUACAAUUUAGCUUUUGGGGUGUAGAGGGGAAGAAGAAAAAUCACUUUGCAUUUUCUGUGUGCUGAACACACACUGUAUGCUGUUGCAAGUCUUAGUAUUAUUUAGUACAGUAUCCUAAAGAUAGCUUUUAUCGUUUUUGACAGCUCUACAAUCCAGAGGAACUCAGCAUCCAUUUAGUUUUCUGUACUGAUUCUACUUUGCCCCUAACGGGAGGAAAAUUCAUCCACAUUUUUCAUGUGAUUCUGCAUGAGGCAGGCUCUGCCGUUCGGUCCUGCAGAUACAUUAUGCAGCUUGUGGUUAAAGGUUACCGCGCCGGUACAGGCAGUGACCAUGCGUUCUUCUACAAGCCUGCCGUCACCAUUUAGGGUACUGAAACAUGAGCUGCAAAUGCUAUAGGCUUCAUCUGAAUGAUUCUUCACUUUGCAGUAGCUUAACAGUUUUGUUUGGGUUUUUGUUGUAAGAAAUUCUAUGAGAUAGGCAGCCUGUCAUGCACCCCAGAGCAGAUACAUACUGUAUUGCAAGCUUCCUUGGAGAAGAAGACGCGGCAGUGUUCCUGGCGGCUCGUUUUCUUCCUUAGCAAGAGGAUCAUCUGAUUCGCAGAAGCAGAAGGACACACUCAUUGUGCAACGGCCCCGCUUAAGUCUAUGAAAUGCCUUCCACUGCCUGGGUGCAGAAUUUGGAGUUUGCUAAGCAGUGUUUAGUGAUUGGGCUCGGCUUGCAUCACCAGUUGAUGAUUUUUCUUUGUUCCCUCCUACCCAGUUGAAGCACGACUCUGAGGCUGAUAUGCAAUGUCACUUACAACAUUAAUCAGAUACUGCAUUUAAGGUGAGCUGUCCCUUGCCUCCUGCUUUUCCCUAAUGCUCGUGUACUGCAUGCAGUGCGUAGCUUGCUCCUGAGAGCUAAGAUGGCAGGCAGGAUUAGCUGUGCUGGAGCUGUGUGCGUGCUGUGUAGAGAAUUCAUUAUACGUUGCCCAGUAUUUCAGAUGUGAGUAUGUAAACGCUCUGUGUGCCGUAUCAUCUGGUGGUGCAGGCUUGUUUUUGCCUCAUUACAGCCAUAGAUAUUUCAGCAUCACUUUUCAUUUCUAAUUCAUUUGCUUCUGGAUGUUUGCUUUUCAUCACAUUCAAAAUACAAUUUUACGUUUUUUUUCUAACAAAGCAAAAAAAAAAAAAAAAACCAAAAAAAACACACCCUCACCAAACCCUGAAAACAAAACUCUGUUACCAGAUGGCAUUUCCCCUUUCUUCUUGCAUUUGCUGUCUUUUAAAUAAUGUAUGUUGUAUUGUUAAUUAAUGUGAAUAUCAAAUUAAACACUUGAAACUUACAUGUUUAUUAUGCAGGUAGGAGACAAGGUGGGAUCUAUUUUUAAUCCUUGUGCCCUGCAUCGUGGGCAAGAAACUUGGGCUCUCGAGUUUGUAUUUUCAGUGCUGGUGCAAGUGGUUUGAUUAUUGGCAACUGUGACAGUGGCAUUUGCAGUGGUCAGCUCCAAGCUUUGAACUCUCAGAGGAGGAAGGAAAAAGCAUCCAACACGCCACCUCCUUGGUUGCAGCCUCAGAGAAACCUUGGAUGAGAAACUUCUUUCUUCAACCCUGUUUUCCUGUUGAUAAAUUUGGUUCUCGUGACCGCAGUCCAUUCAAGCUGUUCAGCGUAUGAUUUUUCCGUGAGUGUGACAAUUGCAUCUAAAACUUGUGAACAAGAAGACGGAGAAGUCAGUGGGUCUCCAUCGCUUUACGUAGAAAUGGCUGAGUGUCUGUCAUGCUAACACUGCAUCGAGUACCACACUCAGGUCUGCAGGUGGAGGAGAUGGGGGACACAGAAGCAAGGCUUUCAGCGUGAUUUCUUCCCAAAGCCCAGGAAACACUCUGUUCAGGCUGAACCACGCUAACUGAGAAGACAAGUUGCAGUAGCGAGAGGAGAAAGUUGUCCCGUGGAUCUGCAGAUUCGGUUUUGCUGUGAUGUAGGGGAGGAGUCCAGCGGCCGAGACGCAGCCAGGAGAAGGGCUGUCAGCCUUUCCCUUGGACCAGGAGAUUCAGAAAAACAGGAUUCGUCCUCGCCCUGACGAGUGGCCUUCAAUGACAGUCAUGUCCCUUUCCAGGGACCUCAAGGAUGACCUGCACAGUGACACAGUGCUAUCUAUCCUGAAUGAGCAACGCAUCAGGGGCAUCCUGUGCGAUGUCACCAUCAUUGUGGAAGACACCAAGUUCAAAGCGCACAGCAACGUUCUGGCCGCCUCAAGCCUUUACUUCAAGAACAUCUUCUGGAGCCAUGCCAUUUGCAUCUCCAGCCACGUGCUGGAGCUGGACGACCUCAAGGCCGAGGUGUUCACAGAGAUCCUGAACUACAUCUACAGCUCUACGGUGGUGGUCAAGAGGCAGGAAACCGUCACAGACCUGGCAGCUGCCGGGAAGAAGCUGGGCAUCUCCUUCCUGGAGGACCUCAGCGAUCGCAACUUCGCCAGUUCCCCCGGCCCUUACGUCUUCUGCAUCACCGAAAAGGGCGUGCUCAAAGAAGAAAAGAGUGAGAGGAGGCAUGAGGAGCCGGCCGUCGCCAACGGGCCGAGGAUCACCAACGCAUUUUCUAUCAUUGAGACGGAAAACAGUGCCAACAUGUUUUCCCCCCUAGACUUGAGGGCGAGCUUCAAGAAGGUCUCAGACUCCAUGAGGACAGCUAGCCUCUGCCUGGAGAGAGCCAACACAUGCCACGAGGUGGAGCCAGUGCGCACGCUGGCUGAGCAUUCCUAUGCUGUCUCCUCCAUAACCGAGGUCUACCGGAGCCAACCUGCCCAUGAGCCUGAGGGCAGCUCUCCCGGCGAGACGGCCAGGGAGAAUGGUGAGGCACUGGUAGCAAAGCCAAAGACAUUCCGGAAGCCCAAGACAUUCUCCACACCUCAGGAUUCCGAGUCCCCGGCAGAGAACAUAGCACCCCCCGCGGCAGCCAGCUUUGAGGUGACCCAGGAGCACAGCCCACAGCCAGAUGCUGUCCUUUCUCACUCACAGUCUCCCAGCAAUGAAGAAACCGUGGUCCAUUUUCCCAGGGAAGAGGAAAACCAGCCAGCUGAGGUCCCCGGCCCGCCAGCUGCAGAGGCACCGGCUCUCGUCUACAGCUGUAGCUGUUGUUCCAAGUCCUUUGAGAGCAGCACCCUGCUCGGCGCCCACAUGCAGCUGCACAAGCCCACGCAGGAGCCAUUGGUUUGCAAAUACUGCAAUAAACAGUUCACCACCCUCAACAGAUUGGAUCGGCACGAGCAGAUCUGCAUGAGGUCAAGCCACAUGCCUGUGGCUGGAGGGAACCAACGCUUCCUGGAGAACUACCCCACCAUUGGGCAGAAUGGGGGGCCAUUCCCUGGCCCGGAGCCUUUAUUAUCUGAAAAUACGGUCGCUGAGUUUUCCAGCACCAGAAGCACCUUGCCAGAUGAGGACCACAUGGUGAAAUUUGUUAACGGGCAGAUGCUUUACAGCUGUGUGGUGUGCAAGCGUAGUUAUGUGACAUUGUCCAGCCUCCGACGACAUGCCAAUGUCCACUCAUGGAGAAGAACGUAUCCCUGCCAUUACUGCAACAAGGUGUUCGCAUUGGCCGAGUACCGAACAAGGCACGAGAUUUGGCACACAGGAGAAAGGCGCUACCAGUGCAUAUUCUGUCUGGAGACAUUCAUGACCUACUAUAUCCUGAAGAACCACCAAAAGUCCUUCCAUGCCAUAGAUCACAGGCUCUCCGUCAGCAAGAAGACAGCCAACGGAGGCUUGAAGCCCAGUGUCUACCCCUACAAACUCUAUCGGCUGUUGCCAAUGAAAUGCAGGAGAGCACCUUACAAGAGCUACCGAAAUUCUUCCUUUGAAAACGCCCAAGGAAGCAGUCAAGUGAGCGAGCCUACACCCAGCACCUAUGUGGUUCAGAACCCACCACCCAGCUCUGAAUUACCCACCCUGAACUUCCAGGACAGCGUCAGCACCCUGGCCGGCGGUCCAGCUGUCCUGUCGGAAACAUCUGCCCAUCAGGACAUAUCAACUUCUGCCAAUGUGCAGAAUUCAGAGGACAGCAAGUGGGGAGAGGAGGCUCGGAAAAUCGACCUUGACCAUAACAUCUACUCAACUGAAGGGCCAGUCUCUUCUGCAGCAGCUGCUGUCAGUUCUAACUCCCAGGCAGGUGACAUGCCUGUCUUGUCCCUGAGUAAUAGCAGCGAGAAUGCCACAUCUGUGAUCAGCUACAGGGGCCCUGCACCCUCAGUCAUUGUACACAGCAGCCAGUUCUCAUCGGUAAUAACGCACAGCAACGCCAUCAGUGCUACAGCCAGCAGCAAUCAGAGAGCUGCUUCCAGCCCAGCCGCCGAGCAGCACUUGAGGGAUGAUGGCAAAUCUGAACCAGACAGAGGGAGUCGGUUGGCAAGCAGGCCCAAGAGUGUUAAGGAGAAAAAGAAAAUGGUAGCUUGCGGCAAAGGAGAUAGUCCGGAGGAGUCCAAACACAGCACUGAUCCCAGCGGGUCUCUGAGCAAAGUCAGUGGUCCCACCACCACUGCCACCACUGAGGAGACAAGCAAGAUUGAAACCUACAUUGCAAAACCUGCCCUGCCCGGCACCUCCACCAACAGCAAUGUGGCGCCCCUUUGCCAAAUCACGGUGAAAAUCGGGAAUGAAGCCAUUGUGAAGAGGCACAUCCUGGGCUCCAAGCUAUUUUAUAAAAGAGGGAGAAGGUCCAAGUGUCAGGUACAAGAGGAGUCGCUGCCCCAGGAGAGCGACCCGGAGACCCAGGCAGACAAUCCCCUGGGCCUCUGCCAAUCCGAGUGCCUGGAGAUGAGCGAGGUGUUUGACGAUGUGAGCGACCAGGAUUCCAGUGACAAGCCGUGGCGCCCUUACUACAACUACAAACCCAAGAAGAAAUCGAGACAGUUGAGAAAAAUGAGGAGAGUGACCUGGAGGAGAGAACACGGGAGCAGGAGUCCCAGUACCAGAGCCCAGUUCCCCGCACAGCUGGACCGGGCCGUAGGGACAGCUCCCAUGGACAAGGCAUCGGAGGACAAGGACCAUAAAGACAUGCCCAAGCCACAGUGUGAACUCUGUGACGGAGACAAGGCGACAGCGGAUGCGGGCCAAUGCCGGCCCCAUAGGCACCUGGCUUCCAGACCUCACGUCUGCGAGCUAUGCACCAAGCAGUUCCAGAGCCCUUCCACGCUCAAGAUGCACAUGAGGUGUCACACCGGCGAGAAGCCAUACCCAUGUAAGACAUGUGGGCGGUGCUUCUCGGUGCAAGGGAACCUGCAGAAACACGAGCGCAUCCACCUGGGCUUAAAGGAGUUCAUCUGCCAGUACUGCCACAAGGCCUUCACGCUGAAUGAAACCCUCAAGAUCCACGAGAGAAUCCACACGGGCGAAAAGCGCUACCACUGCCAGUUCUGCUUUCAGAGCUUUCUGUACCUCUCCACCAAGAGGAACCACGAGCAAAGGCACGUCCGGGAGCACGAUGGGAAGGGCUUCGCCUGCCUGCAGUGUCCCAAGAUAUGCAAGACAGCCGCUGCCCUGGGCAUGCACCAGAAGAAGCACUUAUUCAAGGUCUCACGGCAGCAGGAGAAAGCAGCUGACCCGGGCCAUGACAACACCGACUCCCUGGAGAACCUGCCUCUCCCCGAGUCAGAAGAAAGUGACCAAAAGGAUCAGGGGCAAACGGUUGUGGGGAGUGUUAUCCUUGGAGUGGCGCAAUAGUUAGAAAGUUCUUCUGAGAUAAAAGUUGGUGGGCUUUUUUUCUUUCUUCUUUUUUUUUUAAAGUUUAGUUUUGUUUGCCUAACAUUCGUCAAGGAGUGAAAUCUAACAUUAACCAACAAGUAAAACUCACUUGUGAAAAAUUCCAGGAAAAGGAUCCUAAAUAUCUACUUUGGGUUUUUGAGCAUUAACCUUCUGCAAAGUACACGUAAACAAAACAGCCAACCCCCUCCAGCAUCCCUGGGAUCUUGUGAGAUCUAGCCAAGUUCUCAACCAUGGUAUUUCUACUGGUGGGAGAGAGGGGAGGGGCUUAAUUGUAGGCUAAUUUUAAAACUCUCUGGUAAAUGCUAAUGGGAAUUGGCUGCUGAACUGUUUUGGGUCACCGGAGAAAACUAAGGGUCAGAUGUCACAGAGAUGGCCUCUUCCAAGCAUGGUAAAUGGUAAAAGAGCUAUAACAGGCUUCAUUCCCAUCUGCUUUCUGCACCAUUUAAAAUGUGUUCAGAUAAUUGGAUACUGUGAGAAUUGGUUACAAUGUUAUUGAACAUAUCUGAACACUGAGCAAGGAAAGCAGAGCACUCAAACUUUCUCUAGAAACUGCUUUUCUGCAUCACAAUCCUUGUAAAAAUACAUGUGUAAGUCACUACAACUUCAGCCUGUCCAUAGCACUGGCAGGAAAAUUCCCUGAGCAAUCAAUCGAAGAUAUUGAGGACUGAUGUGAACAUCUGUAGGAAGCAUGUUGAAGAUGACCUAAGAGCAUGUGUAUGCUUUCAGAGGAAGGCUGCUCGCUGGAAGCUGACUGAUCCACUGACGUCAUAGAAAGCCUAGGCAAGAGCCUUUCCAGAGUACGCCUGUGAUUACCUGUGCCAUCUGCUGCUUUCAGCAGCCUCAGCACAGAGAACAAAGGUAUAAAUUCUUCUGGAACCUUCUGCAGUCUUCCAGCCAUCACAAAGUCAUGCACAGUGGCGGGUCUGUCCCAGCCAAACAUGACAUCCCCCAAUCCACUAAAGGAGUAUCCAGGAGAUUGGGCACAAGGCGCAUACACAGGUGGUAGUUAAUUCCCACAAUUCCCAGGCACUUGCAAGUGGCAAAGCCUAACCCUUACAAUUGCUAGCCUCCUUGAUGAUGCAGUCCCAAGUACCUUCUGGUAGAAAGCCAAAGGGCAGAAGUGCCAGAAACAUCCCCCGCCACAAACACACAUACACACAGGCACAGACACACAUAGACACACACACACACACACACACACACACACACACACACACACACACUACCCAUCACAGGCUUGAGUAAGCGAGAGAAAACCACGACCUUCUUUGCCUCAUGCAGUAGCUUUGUCUUGCACAGUGGAGAGGUAGGACAAAGCUCUGUCCCUUGUUUGUCUCACUCAGAAAUGCAUCCACAGUGGCUUUGCCUUCAUACCUGCAGACAUGUAAUCUCCUUGCUAAAAACCCUCUGAAGGUUUGAACAGUUCUUUUACACUGAUCCACACCAUCAACAACUGUCCUCAGUCCAGUUGCCCUGCAGGAGAUUUCCAUUCCGUACACUAGGUUCCUGGACAGCUGGAACUCAGAAUUCUUAUUAAAAAACAAAACAAACCCUUCCAAAGGAAGAAGAGGGGAAACGUUUCGACUGUUGGAUACUGGGAUGAGCAGAAUUCAGAAUCCAGUUUAAGAGGGGCGUGCAGCCAUUGCUAUUCAUUGGGUUUGGUAGCUGGGCAGCCUGAGAUCAUCCAAGACUGGAAGGUUGUCAUGAUGAAGAAGUAGCACAAGAGACUCCAGUUUCUCUCUACAAGCAUUGUGAUGUCUCCAUGAAGAAAGAAGACUUCGUGUGGAUUUAGGUGGGCAAGGAAGCAUUGAAACACCCAGGAAAGGACAUGAUUAGACUUGACCUUUUUAUAACUGUAGUACUUUGCUGUUAAGUAACCCCGACUGUUGUAUCUACAUUUUUAUCUUUGUUCUUCUAGUUUCACUUACAUACAGUAUUAUAUAAUAGAGGAAACUGGGAAAAUACAAGUGACUCCAACUUCAUCUUAUCUGUUGUAUAUAUGUAUACACGCACACAUGCGCUAUGUACUUGGAUUUUGUUAGAGACAGUCUCGAAGGGCUUAGGAAGGUUGAGUAAGCAAUCCUGUGACCCACUAAUUUGCUUAAUCUCAGUUAGGAUUACAAAUCAAGGAACAUUGCUGUAUGUUAGUCUUUUUGAUUUAACUCCAAAUAUGAAAUUAUGACACGUAAUGAUGUCUCUUAACCCUUACAUGUGGGUAUUUUUUAAGUGGACUUGUAUGCUAAUACUUCUAGACCAAAGUAAAUAUGGCAGAAUAUUUAUACAUGAAAAAAUAAUUUUGCAAAUAUUUUCUAUAACUGUACUAUUCAUUUAAAAUGUUGAUGGCUUGUGUUAGUUUCAGGGAGGGGUGUAUAUUUUGAUAAAAAAAAACUUGACUUUAUAAUUCUGUAUAUUAUAUACAAUUUAUAUCAGAGUCGUUUUAAGACAGCCAUGUCCCAUUUUUGUUGUUGUUGUUAAUUGUGGAAAUUUUAUUCUGAGUGAUGGUUAAGUAUUCAUUGAGUACAUAAUGACUGACUAGAAGUCAAGUACAGACAGUGGAAUACCGUAUGCUAUACACGAUAUAUUGUAAUUGCCGUUUUAGCAUCUGCAUUUUGGUUAGAAGAUAUUAUUAAAUGCAGAUGUUAAGGGUUGGAGAAGUCUAAUUUUAUUUUUAGAAAUAAUGAAUAUGAAAUUUGUUUUUGCCUGAUUAAAAUAGCUUAUUCCUA